CCUGUCGACUGGCAGCUAAUGAGUAAUGUUUCUAUAACCAGACCCUCCAGCAGGACAUGUGUGGCCUCCUGCUGAAUGAUGUUGUUUUAUUCAUAUCCAGCCCUGUGCUGUGAAACAAGUACCUGAGGCAGCAGGGCCUUGACCCGGACUGUUUUCUCUCUCUUUGUGUCAGUCAGUGUUUUUUUUUUUUUGGUCAGGAUGUACAGCUUCAUGGGAGGUGGGCUGUUCUGCGCCGGAGUUGGGAACAUACUCCUCAUCGUCUCCACGGCAACCGACUACUGGAUGCAGUACCGUCACUCCAGCAAUUACAUGCACCAGGGCCUGUGGCGGUACUGUGUGCCGGGGAAAUGCAUGACACACACAGACAGCAUUGCGUACUGGGACGCCACCCGGGCCUUCAUGAUUCUCUCCCUGCUGGCUUGCUUCAUCGGCAUCGUGAUCGGGGUCAUGGCCUUCAUCCACUACUCCUCCUUCGACGGGUUUGACAAGACAUUUGCAGCCGGCAUCCUCUUCUUCAUCUCCUGCUUCUUUGUGUUGCUGGCCAUGGCAGUCUACACUGGAGUGACGGUGAACUACUAUGGUAAACGCUAUGGCAGCUGGCGGUUCUCCUGGUCCUAUAUAAUGGGCUGGGUGGCAGUGGUGCUCACGUUCUUCUCAGGUAUCUUCUACAUGUGUGCCUACAGGAUGCAUGAAUGCCCAAGAAACUCUAACUCACGCUGA